AUGGCUGCUACGAAGAAAAAAUCUUCUAAAACAUACGGUCAUAAUUUAGAAACAUUUUCUCUUCUUUGGCUUGAUGCAGAAGUCAAUACAACAGACGAAAAUAGGCGUGCCCAAAAGCGACUUCGUUCAAUCAUCAAUCAUCUCGAAAUAUUUCAUGAUCAACAUGAAUGUCAACAAUAUAUUAUGUCUUGUUCUGAACAUGAUCGAGUUGUUCUUAUCAUUAGUGGUCGAUUAAGCAAAGAAUUAAUUCCUCAGAUUCAUCAUCUUCGACAACUUUCUGCUGUUUACAUCUAUUGUUGGGAUAAAAAAGCAUAUAAACAUUGGGCUAAACAGUAUAGUAAAAUAAAAGGUGUAGUCAUCCAACUUGAUGAUCUCAUUCAACAAAUCACAACGGAUCAAAAAGAUCGAGGAAAAGUAGAAGAACCAAUGUGUAUGAAUUUUUACAAUGUUGGUGGUAAUGUAGAUAAAUCAACAACUGAACUCAAUGGUCAAUUUAUUCAUUCUCUAUUAUUAAUCGACGUUCUCAUUAGAAUGAAAUCUAGUGACGCUGACAAAAAAAGCCUCAUUCAACUUUGUGAAGAAGAAUUUAGUGACAAUGAUCAUCAACUAGAAAUUGUUCAUGAAUUCGAAGGUUACUAUAAGCCUAAAAAAGCUAUAUGGUGGUAUACUCGUGAUGCAUUUGUAUACAGAAUGUUAAACAAAGCUUUGCGAGUGCAGAACAUUGAAUUAUUAUUAUUAUUUCGCUUUGUAAUUCAUGACAUUUAUCAGCGACUCAUAAAGCACCAAUGUCAAAAAGCUGUCCGUGUUUAUCGUUAUCAAGCUAUGUAUGCUGAUGAAUUAAAUACUCUUCAAAACUCGAUCGGUCAAUUUAUCUCAAUUAAUUCAUUUUUUUCAACUAGUUCUGAUCGUGAUACAGCAUUAAAAUUCAUGAAGAGUACGACCAUUUCGAAUGACUUACGUGGAAUAUUAUUUGACAUUGAAGCUGAUCCACGUGUUGUGAAAUCAAAACCAUUUGCUGAUAUUAGUUCAUUGAGUUAUUUCAGUCAAGAAUCUGAAAUAUUAUUUAUGGUUGGAUGUAUAUUUCGUUUGAUCAAUAUCUAUCCAGAUGAUAAAGAAAACAUCUGGAUAAUUAAAAUGCAGUUAGCAGAAAAUAAUGACAAUGAGUUGAAGAAGCUUUUCGAUCAGUUGAAAGCAGAUUAUGGAGGUGGUGAGAACGAAGCUGAUCUUCAAUUUUUCGGUGAUGUACUACAACAUAUGGGAAAAUAUGAUUCGGCAGAAAAAAUCUAUAUCGAUGUACGUAAGAAGUGUUCUCCUGAUGACACUUCAUAUGCUCAUUUAUGUUACUCAUUUGGUGUACUGUAUUCAAACAGAAAAGAUUUUAAUCGUAGCCUACAAUGGUUUCAAAGAGCAUUGGACAGAAAAAUUCGUACGGAACCAUCUGAUUUGAUUUACAUUGGUGGUCUAUACUGUUGUAUUGGAAAUGUUUAUAUGGAAAAGAAUGAUUUUAAUGAAGCAACGAAAUGUUAUAAUACAGCAAUGGAUUGUUACAAGCGCGCGAAUGCUACAAAUCAUCCAUUUAUGGCUUCUUUGUAUCAUGGUAUUGCUCGUACUCAGUGUGCUCAAAAGCAAUACACAAAUGCAUUGAACAAUUAUCAACGCUCAUUGGAUAUUCAAAAGCAGCAUUUAACAUCUAAUCAUCCAGAUAUGGCUACAAACCUUAUUGGCAUAGGUGAUGUUUAUCGUAUUGUUGGUCAGUAUCAGCUUGCCAUGAGCCAUUACACAACGUCGCUUGAGAUUAGAAUAAAAUCCUUACCUCCUCAACAUCCAGACAUUGCUGCGAAUAAUAAAAAAAUUGGUCUGUUAUAUGAGACGAUGAAAAAUUGGAAAGAAGCAUUAGAAUAUUAUAAAAAGGCAGUCACUAUCUAUCGGCAGUCGUUGCCACUUCAACAAGCUAGUGUAACUGAAACUGAAAAAGACAUUCACCGUGUCAGCUCAAUGAUGAAAUAA